UCCACCAAUCAGAGCAAAGUUCCCGCGAAAAUAGCGCAUUUUGUGUAGUUUCACUGGAGGGAAGCGGUUUAACAAACACACGCAAUGGACGGCGAGUUAUUUCGUAAACUUGCCUCUAAACUGGGAAUAACAAAUCCUAGAGUGCUGAGCCAGGCAGAAGAGUAUAUGCGGUUGUCUCAGGUAAAGUGUACGGGUCUCGGAGGUUCUACAGCAAGCAGUAAGGCUGUAAUCUGCCUCGACCUGGCAACCACGGCCAUGAAGUUUCCAAUAGACAAGGAGUUUGUGGUCAAGCUGUCGGGACUGAAUAAGAAAGCAUAUCAGAGCACUUUAAAGGCCAUGGAGUGUAUGCUGGACCUGCAGAGCAGUCUGGGGCUCAGGGACCUGGCGGUGCAGUAUGGGUGCAUGGAGGCAGUAAAGGUGGCGUCUCAGAUCCUUCAGCGGUAUCAGGCCAGUUUACCUGCCGCUCAGCAGCAAGAUCUUGAUCUGUCCAAAGCCCUGUUCACUACAGCUGCUCUCUUCACUGCCUGCAAGUGCCUGAAAAUCAGAGUUGAUAAGAAGCUGGCAUCUUCCUCUGGAACGAAGAAGGCCGUGUUUGACAGGCUGUGUGCGCAGCUUCUGAAGCUUGGCCAAGAAAUUUGCAUAAAGGAACAGAUCAAACCAACACAGAAGAGACAGAAGACUUUGACGGAGACACUGCAGGAAGCAGAGGAGGAUGAUGGCUUGCCAACAUCUCCUAAGCAACAGCGAGAACCGGCACUAAGGGAAGAUGAGUGUGAGGAAGAGACGAAACAAAAUUAUGAGGAAUGGAAGAAAAAAAUUUUGGAAAACGCUCUGAAAGCCAAAAGUAGUGCAUAGUGAUUUCUAUACCUGUUAGACUUUUUUUAUUUUUAGUUAUUAUUUAUGUCCUGUUUUCAUUUUUAAAAUGUUCUUGUAUUUUGAAUUUAGUUUUCCCUAAGUAUCCUUUUAGUGUGUGUGUGUGUGUGUGUGUGUGUGUGUGUGUGUGUGUGUGUGUGUGUGUGUGUGUGUGUGUGUGUGUGUGUGUGUGUGUGUGUGUGUGUGUGAGGGAGAGACAAACCUGACCUGUGUACAGAUAUUCUCUCAAUUGCAUUGACUGGGAAGAUUUUUUUAGACAUGUCUUUAUGAAUGAGCCAUUUAGUUGUCUGAAUGGUUUGAUGAUGAUGAUGAUGAUUAUGAUAUUCAUUGUUCAUGUGUAGACUGGUGCUUUUUAAUCAACUCCCUCAUUACUUGAGACUCAUUCACAUCAAGUGUCUUGUGUGGCAGUGCGAAGAGGUUGAUGUGAGCAUUUGUAAUCAGUCACACAAUUUUGUGUGCGCUCAUCUUUAAAGUACAUUCUGCUGCAUGAUGUUCAACACAUUCUGUACUGCUAUUUUAAUUAAACUAAAUGAACAAGU